AUGCGUGAUAUUGAUGAGACAUGGCAAGCAGAUUUAGUAGAAAUGAUACCUUAUUCAAGAAUAAAUAAAGGUUUCAAACGACCAAAGUAUAAAAUUGGUGACAAAGUUCGAGUAAGCAAAUAUAAAAACGUUUUCGAGAAAGGAUAUACACCCAAUUGGACAACAGAAAUAUUCACCGUUGAUCAAGUUGUAUCAACUCAACCAGUGACUUACAAGCUCAAGGAUUACCAGGAUCAACCCAUCAGCGGAGGAUUUUAUGAAGAGGAACUUCUUAAAGUAAAAUAUUCAGAUAUUUAUCUUGUGGAAAAAAUUCUCAAGACACGUGGAAACAAAGUUCUUGUCAAAUGGCUUGGCUUUGAUAAUUCUCACAAUACGUGGGAAGAUAAAGCAAAUGUAUAA